CUAUGUGCACUAAGCGCAGUCUCUCGCUUCUCGUCAAGUGGUUGGGACGUUUUCACGUGGUUCCACUAAAGUUGUUUUUUGGACUAACUGGCCAUGAAUCUGGUUGAUAUCUACCUUUCGUCCACAUAGUUUCCAGGCAGUGCUACCGAUUUUCUACAGUCGCCGACCCGAUAUCACCUUUUUGCCCCCCUCCCUCCACCACCAAAAGCACCACCGUGUCUUCGCCAGGGACUGACGGCAGGGACUCGGGGGCCAGCUGUGAAGGGAGGGCGAGUCCCUGCGAGGGACAGACCGCAUGUGCAACCAGCAACAUCUCUAAGAUGUCAUGUUCUCAAUUCGGCUAUACCGGUAACCCAACUACCACCCAGCUGCUGAUGGCUGGCCAGACAACGGGUCAGCAACUGCAUGGGACCUCGAGUACAGCCGGACAACCAUGCUGCGAGUCAGGUCGCCCGGUGAUGACCGACCCCAUAACCGGCCAAACUGUGUGUUCGUGCCAGUACGAUGCCCAGUUGAUCAACUAUCAGCGAUUGGCGGCAUCCGGCCUGCCGCUCAACAUGUAUGGUACGGCGGCCGCUGCUGCAGCUGCUGCAGCCUUCGGUGGUGACCAAGGAUUUCUUCCUUUAAGUGCCGAGCAGUCUGCCUUCUACUCGCCUUCAGCGAACGGGUUUGACCUGAAGGACAACUUGGAAGCUUGGAGGAGUUUGCCAUACGCAGCUUCUGUUUACUAUCCUUACGAAUCAGCAGCUUUGGCCGGUUAUCCAUUCCCCAACGGUUAUGCUGUCGAUUUAAAUGGUGCCAGAAGAAAAAAUGCCACAAGGGAAACCACAAGCACUCUAAAAGCAUGGCUGAACGAACACAGGAAGAAUCCCUACCCCACUAAAGGGGAGAAAAUCAUGCUAGCCAUCAUAACCAAAAUGACUUUGACUCAAGUCUCCACCUGGUUUGCUAAUGCCAGGAGGAGGUUGAAGAAGGAGAACAAGAUGACGUGGUCGCCUAGGAAUCGUUGUGACGAUGAUGACCCCGACGUCGACGGGGGUGACGACGGAGCGGGGAGGACAAAAGACGGCGAUAAUGACGCUUCGAGUAAAGACGGUGGUUCCGCCGACGAAGACAGGCACGCAGAUCGGGUUCAAGACAUGGAAGGUUUAGACGAGGGCAAAGUGGAGUUUGUCGACGUGGACGAUGACUCCAAGUCUUGCGAAUCAGCCAUCAACGAUCUUCACGUGCAUACAAACAGCUCCGACAAGGAGAACCGCUUCGUGAGUAAACCACCGACCAUCAGCCCUGUUUCAGAGGGUUUAGGCACGGACUCCGAGUCUUCCCAGGCAUCUCUUCUGUCACCGUCUGCCGGCAGCACGGGUGGCACCGUAACGGAUUUGCCCACCACACCCAAGCCACGCAUCUGGUCUCUGGUGGACACGGCCACUUCGGGUGCCGGUACCAAUUCGGGUGCGGGAUCCUCGGCUCUUCCUACAGUGACGUCACCGGGAGCCGCCCGAUUGAGUCCUCUUCACCGCGCCGCUCGAUUGGAGUACUUAUCACCUUAUCCUAAGCCACAACCCGCCUGGUACGCCGGAACGUUAGGUGGUAUCAAUGCCACCAAUGGUGUACCGGGAUCGUUCCCGCUUUCUGCUGUAUACACGUGCCCUCCAAUUGUCAACCCGGCUCUUUCUUCAAUGACAUCACCCACUUCGACAGGGUCCUCGCCCCUACCGGGAUCUGCCGUCCUCACCGAAUCCUCAGCAUCGGCCGUCAGCUCUUUGAACAGGUUACGCACGGCGGCUGCAGCCUUCCCCACCGCCGACAUACACAAAACUGUUGUGGCCACGGCUGCCGGUACCGGUCCCGGAAGCGGAACUGUAUUCAGUCUAGGUGUACCGGGGGCUAGGUUGAUGUCUGCUUCUUCCUCUGCACCCUCGGCCACAGGAGGACAGAGUAGGGUGGUGUCGUGAUUGCUCCACUUCGCUCGGACGUCAUCCUAACAUCCAAUUUAGUGCCGUGCCAAGCACGCAGCUCAUAGAACACCACCAAAAUAAGUCUAUAUAUAUAUAUAUAUAUAAAUAUAUAU